AUGGGAUUCUUCGCCGGCUUCUGCAGCGGAUUUGCCCUUACGAGCUCCGUUCUAUUUAUCACAAUCACAGUCCACCGCACCAACCGCUUGGAACAGCGUCGGGCGAUCCGCGAACAAGUCGAUCAGAUAAACUGGAUCGCCGCCUCCGCCGGCGCAUAUGACCGCCGCUUUGCUCCACAAGAUGUUCCCCGACGAUUGGAGGACCGCUUACAUAAGAACGAUGAAGAGAUUACUAUGAAGGAAGUCUUGAAGCAUCGGUGGAAUCAAGAAGUGGAGAAGUUAGCUCGGAAAGCGCAUGAGACUCGGUGGGAGGACGUACGAGACACAGCAGUCGGUGGAUGGCAGUCUGCUACGAACCUUUUCAAGAAGGAGUGA